CAGUGAAACUGGCUUAUUAUUUAGUAGACACGAGCGUAUUGAAACAUCCGUUUGUGUUGUAUUCCGUGAAAUAGUUUGUAUUGAGUGAAAGAAAAACAUUUCCCCUCUGUUGGCCUCUAAAUUUAAUCAAGAUACAGUCGAGAAAUGCGUGGGCGGAGGCGAGCUCCACAGUUGCGCGAGUUACUCUUCAUUAAGGAGAUUGAAAAGCUCUAAGUACCGAUUGAGGAACAAUUUUCGUGCUAGCAGAAACCUUAAACCAGUACGGAUAUUGGGGGAAAGAAGGAACUAUAGUUCAGAUUCCGUGCGAGACUAUGCACACCACUUGAUGAAACACCGUUUAAAUGGUUGGGAAGAUUGGGUAUCAGCUAUAAGCUUGGAGGCAAUGGUUAGGUGGGUAUUAAUUCACAUACUUACAUUCAUGGAAACUGGGACACCUCUGAGGGCUGCCAAAUAUAGGAUCAUCUGAAAGACAAAAUUCACUGCUUUGGAGGAUUUUCAGGUAGAAAGUGAGGUAGAAUGCCUGUGAAGUGAACCUGAAGACUUGUUUAUGAUUUUAUCUCAUUUUCUGGAUAAUUAUUAAUUGGGAUUUGUGCAAAAAUAUUCAUAACUUGAUUUGUGGAAGUAAAGUUAACAAUGACACCAAACUUACUGAAGUCAGCUUAAUGAUGGCCGACAUGGACUGGAAAAAGAUCAGUGCAGAAGAGUUCCACCAGCUGCAGGAGUACACGUCAUAUUCCUCAAAGAAACUUAAAGACGUCUUAGAAGAGUUUAAUGGAGAUGGAUGUUUGUCCAAGUAUAACCCAGAAGAGCCCAUUGGAUAUGACUGUUUUGUGUUAUUUAUGGAGACUUACUUGGAUGCUCAAUUACCAGAGGAUCUAUGCAAACACCUAUUCUACUCCUUCAUGAAGAAGCCUUCCCAGGCGGUGCUGGCGCCGCCCACUGUGGGUAAGGAUCUACAUCUGAAGGAUGUGGCGGCCGUGACUGCCUCCCAGACUGUAUGUGCUCCCAUUACACAUUUGGGGACUGAAAUUCUGGUUGAAAAAGAUAGGCAUCAUUCAGGAUUAGCUGAAAAACUCCACGGCUUAACCGAAAAACUAAACCUCCAUGGCCUGGGUCAUAGUCGGCAUGAUAGCGGAGGUGGUGAAAUAGGGAGACGGAGUCGAGCAGGCUCUACGUCUGUGUCUACUCAUACUUCCGUUGCCAUGACAACCAAUCCCAGUGUGGAGAAGUCGUUGUUGGCAAGGGAUGACAGUCAACUUGAGGCCACAACUCACUCCCGCUCAUCUUCAAAGAAAUCCAACCAUAGCAUACACUCCACUCAUAACGGUCACUCAUUAGAUUCUGUAGAUCCAUGGAUACCUCAGUCCAAUUCCUCUUUACCUCGGAGUAACAACGUGGAACUGAAAUCUGUACAGAAGCGGCUGGGCAGCAGUGAUAUCAAGGCGGGGCAUAUUUAUCUGAAGGACUUAGUGUGUUUUCUGUCUCUGAAGGACUUAGUGUGUUUUCUGUCUCUUUUGGAGGCAGGGAGACCAGAAGACAAAUUAGAAUUCAUGUUUAGGUUGUAUGACACGGAUGGGAACGGGCUGCUAGAUGCUAGUGAAUUGGACUGCAUCGUGAAUCAGAUGAUGUCUGUAGCAGAAAGUUUAGGCUGGGACGUUAGUGAAUUAAAACCUAUUCUACAAGAUUUAUUAAAGGAAAUAGACUAUGAUUCCGAUGGGACGGUCUCACUAGAAGAGUGGAAGCGGGGAGGGUUAACCACUAUCCCCCUCCUGGUGUUACUGGGCCUGGACACGAAUGUGAAAGACGAUGGGACACACACAUGGAGACUGAAACAUUUUAACUACAAACUAAAACCAGCCUACUGUAAUCUCUGCCUUAACCUUCUGGUGGGGCUAGGCAAACAGGGUCUAUGUUGUACAUUUUGUAAAUACACAGUCCAUGAGAGGUGUGUUCAACGAGCACCAGCAUGUUGUAUCACAACCUACGUCAAAUCCAAGAGAACCCCACAGACUCUGAAUCAUCAUUGGGUAGAGGGUAAUUGUCCGGGAAAGUGUGACAAGUGUAGAAAAUCAAUCAAAACCUACAACGGCCUGACGGGGGUACAUUGUCGCUGGUGUCAUAUAUCUCUACACAAUAAGUGCACGUCCCAAGUGAAGCCUGAAUGUGAUCUGGGGGAGUUCCGAGAACACACCCUCCCCCCGACCUCCAUCUGUCCGGCAGUGCUGGUAGGAAAAAAUGAGAAGAAGGAACUACAGCGAUCCGAUUCAGCUACAUUUGAUUGCUCGAAAUUAUCCCAAAGUAUAUAUUUUGGUCAGAGUUCAUUUCAAAUCACACCAAUUCCAGGAUCUCAUCCAUUGCUUGUGUUCGUCAAUCCGAAGAGUGGCGGAAAGCAGGGAGCAAAAUUAAUCAGAAAAUUCCAAUAUCUACUGAAUCCACGGCAAGUGUAUGACAUGAUCAAGCAUGGUCCAACUCAGGGGUUACAGUUCUUUAAGGAUGUUCCAGGCGCCCGUAUCCUGGUGUGUGGUGGGGAUGGCACGGUGGGCUGGCUUAUCGAUGCCAUGGACAAGAUGGGCCUUACUGAGCGCCCGCCUGUCGCCGUUCUUCCCCUGGGGACGGGGAAUGACUUAGCCAGAUGUCUGCGAUGGGGAGGAGGUUAUGACGGUGAGAACCCUCGGAAGACCCUCCAGAAAGUGUCCCAGAGCGUGAAGAUCAUGAUGGACCGGUGGAAGAUUGAGUUCAGUAAACCAGAGGAGGGGGAGGAAGAGGAGGAGGGUGACCCAGUCCCAUGCAAUAUUAUCAAUAACUACUUUUCCAUUGGUGUAGAUGCUUCCAUUGCUCACAGAUUCCAUUUAAUGCGAGAAAAACAUCCUGAAAAAUUUAAUAGCAGGAUGAAAAAUAAGAUGUGGUAUUUUGAGUUUUAUACCUCUGAGACCCUAUCAGCCACAUGUAAAAACCUCCAUGAAGAAAUAGACAUUAUGUGUGAUGGAUAUGCCCUUGAUUUGGCCAAUGGACCACGAUUAGAGGGUAUUGCACUUCUUAAUAUUCCAAGUAUCUAUGGUGGUACGAAUCUAUGGGGAGACAACCCCAGCCAGAAAAAGCGCCGAAAAGCUCAGAAAGCAGCGAAAAAAGACAAAGACAGGGAAUUCUCAACCAGUAGUAUGUCAUCUGCUGAACUCUCCAUAGCUGUACAGGAUGUGGGAGACAGUAUGAUUGAGGUGGUGGGGUUGGAGAACAGCAUGCACAUGGGUCAGGUGUACGCCGGUCUGAGGGCCUCGGGGCGGCGACUGGCACAGUGUACUCAGGUUGUGAUCAGGACGAGAAAAAGGUUCCCUAUGCAGAUAGAUGGUGAGCCCUGGUUACAGCCUCCAUGUACUAUCAACAUAACACACAAAAACCAAGUACCUAUGCUCAUGGGACCCCCUUCCACAAAAAAAACAUCCAUUUUUAAGAUGUUUAAAAACUGAAACAAAAAUAAAACAAACUACCAAUGGCAGCAGAAUACACACAAAACCAGCUUGUACCCGUAAACCAGAAGUCGCAGCUCUGUACCUCGUCUACAUACGCCAGUAGAUUUACAGUCGUAGUGGAAUCUAUAUAACACAGAGCCUGAUCACACAGUCUACAUACUCUCUACCAAAAGACCUAAACAGUCCGCAGUUCUUUUUUUCUAGAAUUUUAUUUGAGCCAGAUUAUCAGAGUGGUUAUAAUUACGGUUAGAUUAUUUAGAAAUUUGCAGGUACAGUAAAGCUCGUUUAAUACGAACACAGAUAUUGCGAAAUCACGGAUAUAGCGAAGUUACCGUGGAUCCCCAGCCAUAUAAAUUUAACGAAUUCUUGAUACGCAUAUAAAGAAUUAUGGAUAUAGCUAAGUAAUUUCAUAGGUCCCAGUGAGUUUGUUAUAACCGAGUUUUGCUGUAUACCCCUUUUGAUCCAUUCCUUAAGAAAUAGUAUGUAACUGACAUAUAGGUUAAUAUAAGCGUGUAUGUGUUUCCAACUGACAACACCUUUGUAAUGGUGCUGGCUAACUUCAGUGGUACAAGAAAAUGACAGUUUUGUGUAGUAGACGGUUUUUAAUAUCAAUUGAGAUCUAGAUCUACAGUUAUAAUCAAUAUCAAUGUGAUGCUUAUGUAAAACUAACCUUAAUUAAAAAGAGAUUUACACUGGUUUGAUGUGCUAUAAAAGUCCAUAUACAGCUACAAUCUACUGAAGAGUGCAUGAAAUUAAACUCAAAAUUAUUUUUUAUGCUCAAAUUUGAAAUUAAGGAACUUUUAAGACAAGGUCCAUGGUAAAAAAUUUUUUUUUAAAUUGUGACACUGGAUGAUAAUGUCUCCUGCUUAGGGGGUUUAAGGGUUUUCUACUUGUCCUGGGUCUUCAGUGGUAGAACACACCUGUUCACAUGGAUUGAAACUGUUAGAAUUGAUACAGGUAUGAUCAAAUGUUGGUCGUAAAAUUCAGUGUAAUAGGGUGUCUCAACACUUAUUGUUAAGCAAGGACACAACAGAAACUAAAAACUAAGGAGAAUUUUAUCACUCUUAAUACAUGCAGAUGCUACUAGGUGAAAAGGAUAAACUGUCUGUCUGAUGUUUCUGUAGAAAUCCAAACUAGGAUGGAAUAUGAAUAAUGUAAAUCUUACAUAAGUUACUUACAGUGUAUUUGUUUUUAUUUGUGAAUAAUUAUUAUUGUAUCUAAUGUAGAAUUUUCCAGAUUGUCAUUUUUUUAAUAAAGAAGAGUUUAAGUGCUAAAACUAUAAUGGGAGUGUAUUUUAAAGAAAAACAUGAAAUAAUCAUAGUUAUAAGUAAGAUUAACUACUACUGAGUAAUAGAAAAUAAGUUUAAAAGAAUUUGUUUUAAAGCUUGAAUUUUUUUUUUACAUUUAAGAGCAACAUUAAAUUUUAAAAAUAUGUUAACAAAUGUACAUACAAUUUUUGUAAUUGCUGGCAAUUGCAGUGUUUGUACAAAGAGCUUUUGACUCGUGUAUGUAGUAUCUAAGAUACAGUAGAAAGCUGAUCAACUGAAAUGAACAAGCACAAACUAUACAAAACACUCAGUCUAGGUUGUUUUUCUGUAAGGGAAAAAUGUUACCAUUCAAAUUUUGACUGUCAUGGAUUAUAUUUAUAUAUAUAGGAGUUUGUUUUCCUUUCAUUCCAACAGCAUUCAUGUUAUCAGGGUGUUUGUUUUUUUUCCUUAAACUGAAUAAAAUUUGCUCGCCUAGAUUUGAAUGUUCUUGUGGCAUUGGGUUCGAUUUUUAUAAUCUUGCCAAUAUAUAUAGAUAUAAUUUUAUUUAAGAAAUUUAUAUGUAGUGCAUUUUUACCUUGUUAACUGAAUUAUUGUAGAACUGCAGACUCUGCGCAUUGAGCUAAGGAAUUUAACAAAUUGAUCAUCAUGUGUACAUUUGUAUCUCUUGUAUAUUAUUGGAAGUAAAUUUUAUAAACUUUAUCAUGUAAAAUAUUUUAUGAUAGAUAAUAAGUUGAAAUUCCAGUGUGACAUUUUUUUAGUUGAAUUCGCAAACUUUUUAUGUUGUCUGAAAAAUUAAUUGCAACCAGAACACAUUUGUUGUAGUACCUGCACCCUACCCCUUAAAAGACAAUAGGACUGUUUAUUUACACUACAUGUAACUGGUGGUCUUUGGUGCUUGUUUUUAAUACUAGUAAGUCUUAUCAGAUAUACAUAGAAACGAUCAUACAAAAAUCAACAACCAUAUAUUUUUUUCUUUAAAGAGAUUUUUUCGUGACAGAGAAUCGUGGACAGGGGGAGGGUAGCUGAGGUAUUGCUCAUAUGGGCAAAAAAUGUAUCAGUAAUACAUUUGUCUUAAAUUUCAUUUGUUUUUAAUUUAUGAAAUGAGAAUACAAUAUCAACAAUACCUAAAUAUAUUUACUGUGGAAUUAACUGUGAUUAAAAUGCUACUAUGCUGAAUACAAAAACUGGCACAAAUUCAGAAUUUCUAAUGAAUUGCACACAAGCGAUGAAUUCCUUAGUAUCAUUUUUACCUGGCGUAUAGAGAUGCUGACCACUUUACCACAGCCCACAAUAGAUAAUGGCAUGUAAAACCUGCUAUUGACUUGUCCUCCAGAAUAACUUAAAUAUUUCUCAGAAAGAAAGGAAUUUUGCAGCAUAAAAGAGGAUUUAAACUAAAUUAACAAAUUUAAACAUUUUUAUGAUUAUUUUCUAUGAUGUUUUUAUGUAGGAAAAAGUCUUCUAUGAUUUAUGUCGAAAUUCAAUAUUGAAUAUUUUUUAUAAGACAGGUAAAAUGUUUGCAGUCAACCUGUUCAUGAUGGACAAUUAAGAUCAGAUUUUCGAUGGACAAUUAAGAUCAGAUUUUCCUCGUGAAUCUCUCCAUGCCCGUCGUUGUAAUGACUUCCAAAUUUGAGAUGACAAUACAUAAAUAAUAAUCCAGCAUUUUUAAAAAACUUGUUCAAGUUUAAAUUUGAUAAGAGUAUAUUUGAAACACACACGCAAUGUUCGAGAAAGAACUACAGCAAUACCCCUAGUCGACGAGUAACUGACCCAGCUUCUAAAUAGGUGUUUCUAUAGGUGUGUUUGUAAUUUUAUUUUAAUUAAAAUACUUAAUUUAAAUUCAAUUUUUCUCGCAACACAUGAAAGUGUUGCUGGAAACUCUUACACUGAAACCAAAUAAUUGUGGUGCUUGCAUAAAAUG